AUGGCUGGUAUAUUUAAAGAUGACGCCAAGCUACACAAGCUUUGUCAUGAUGGAAAAAUAGAAAGGAUAAAGGAUUUUGUUGCCACUGUAGAACCUGAAAUUCUUCUCGAUCGACUCAACAAUCGAAGAGGUGUUUUUGGCUACACCCCUCUUCAUGAAGCUGUCUCCGGCAACAGAUCCAAAGUCAUUCCGUAUCUUGUUGAACUAGGUGCUAAUGUUAAUGCCAGGGCUAAUUCUGGCUACACCCCACUUCACCUUGCAGCCAGAGCUGGUCACAUUAAGUGUGUCAAAGUAUUGCUAGAUAGCGCUGCUGAUAUCAGUCUUACUGAUGACUAUGGUAAAACUCCAAAACAGACAGCCGGCCUGAGUUCAAAGUCAAAUAUAGUCCGACUUUUAAGGAGUGAAG